ACCAAAGCUUGGAUGUGUAGGACGUCACAUGUUGUUUUUCCUCUUCACUCCAGUCACUUAGCGAUAUGUGUUAUUUACUGUUAAACCGCUCCACGCAGCGAACGCGCGCUCCGAGCCGGGUCCAUAAGAGAGUCUGACAGGAUUAUAACUGACUGACAGCACAAGUUAAGGAAAAGUGAGAGUUUUUCUUCACAGCAUAUAUGAGAAUGGCGAGUCCGCCGCCGACCGGAGGACAGCUGAUUUCAAAUAUGAUCGUGAAGAACAACAACCACGUUAAGAAAUGCGGCUAUCUGAGGAAGCAGAAGCACGGACACAAGCGGUUUUUUGUGCUGAGGGAGCCGAGCGAGGGCUCCCGCGCCCGGUUGGAGUAUUACGAGAGCGAGAAGAAAUGGAAAAACAAGUCGGCUGCUAAACGGGUUAUACCUUUGGACUCGUGCCUGAACAUCAACAAGAGAGCCGAUGCCAAACACAAACACCUGAUCGCCCUUUACACCAAGGACGAGUAUUUUGCCGUGGCCGCCGAAAACGAGCAGGAACAGGAGGACUGGUACACGGUCUUAACGGAUUUAAUGAACGAAGGGAAAGUGAGCGACGGCUCCGCGAAUAAUUCGGCGUCAUCCCUCGUCGGUUUUGAUGAGGCGAGCUACGGCGUGAUAACGCCCGUCUCCGCCACUUACAAGGAGGUCUGGCAGGUCAAUCUGAAAUCUAAAGGACUCGGACAGAGCAGAAACUUAACGGGCGUUUACAGGCUGUGUUUAUCCAGCCGAACGAUCAGCUUCGUCAAACUCAACACGGAGGCGGCGUCGGUGAUUUUGCAGCUGAUGAACAUCCGCCGAUGCGGACACUCGGACAGCUUCUUCUUCAUCGAGGUGGGCCGGUCCGCGUCCAUCGGACCCGGCGAGUUGUGGAUGCAGGCGGACGACUCGGUGGUGGCGCAAAAUAUUCACGAGACUAUUUUGGAGGCGAUGAAAGCCAUGAAAGAGAUGUCGGAGUUCCGCCCGCGCAGCAAAAGCCAGUCCUCAGGUAGCAACCCCAUCUCCGUGCCCACCAGGCGGCACUUUAACAACCUCCCGCCGAGUCAAACCGGGCUGCAGCGGCGCUCGCGCACCGACAGCAUGGCAGCGACGUCUCCCGUGACGAAACUGACGUCUUGCAGGAUUCGCACGGCCAGCGAGGGCGACGGCAGCCCCAUCAGCCCGGGUGUGAACAGGACGCACCUGAGCCGCUCAAACACGGUGACAGCUCGCCCGUGCAGAACGUUUGAGGCGUCAUCCCUGCAGCAUAGUAAAUCCAUGUGCAUGCCUGUGUCUCACUCCCCUCCCUCGGCCGCCAGCCCUGUCAGCAUGACCUGCGGCAAUAACACAGAAGGUGGCCCUCGCCCCUCCAGCUGCACCGCUUCCAUCUCGGGCUCCCCGAGCGACGCCGGCUUCAUCUCCUGUGAUGAGUGCGGCUCCAGCCCGGGCGAUGUGCGGCACCUUUUAGCGGCGAACCGAAGCAACACACCUGAAUCGCUCACUGACACCCCCCCCAGCGACCUGUACGGAUACAUGAUCAUGGAGAGACCUAAUAGCUGUGGACGGAGAAGCGUCCGGGCAGCAGUCGAGGAAAGCAGAGGGGAUCUGGAGAAUGCUUACAGGAAGAGGACGCACUCCCUCACUAUGCCUUACCAGAAGAGGGUGCCAUCACAAGUGUCCUCGGCUUCGCUGGACGAGUACACGCUCAUGAGAGCCACUUACACGACUGGAGGCCAUUCGGGGCGCAGCUCUCACACCGCAUCCCCAAAAGUCACGUACCCUGAGGAUUACGGGGACAUCGAAAUUGGACUGCUGCUGAAAAGUUCCAGCAGUAAUCUAGGCGACGAUGGCUACAUGCCAAUGACGCCAGGUGUGGCCCCUCAAGGGGGGAAGGGUGACAACUACAUGCCUAUGAGCCCAAUGUGCGUUUCUGCCCCCAAGCAGAUCAUCAACCCCAGAACGCACCCCCUUACUAUAGCUAAUGGUUACAGAACCAAUUCCCCCAGCAGCUGUUCUCUGGAUGACAGUGGCUACAUGAGGAUGCUGUGCGGCUCUAAGUUCUCCAUAGACAGCUCGGAUGGGAAACUGACGAAUGGCGAGUACCUCAACAUGUCUCCUGCAGAUUCGGUCACGCCACCAGACUACUACCUGAGCCCUGUGGGUAUAGAGCAGUCUCCCUGUCUCCGACAGCUUCACUCGUUUAACUCUUUGCCCCGCUGUCAAAAGCCCCAGCAGAUGCUAAAGGAUGCGGACAGUGAUCAGUAUGUUGUCAUGAAUCCUCAAAGUCACAGGAUAAUAGAGGAGUUAGUAAACACAGCAUCCCCAUCUCCACUAAGACACAGCCGCACAGACAGCCUGAUCCUCCGGCACAGGAUCAGCCGGCCAACCCGCCUCUCCCUAGAUACGUUUCGCACAUUGCCUAGCAUGAAUGAGCAUCCCUUCCCCUCCGAGCCAAAAAGCCCUGGCGAGUACAUAAACAUAGACUUUGGACGUGUUGCUGAAAGUUGCACUCCGCCCUCGACUGCUUCCUCCGAGAGCCCAGCCUCAUCCCUCGGCUCGUCCGCCGAUCACAGGACUUCCCCCAUCUCUGAUUACAUGAACAUUGACGUGAGCUUGCAGUCACCCAAAUCUGGAAACGCUGCUCCAUCCGAUCGUUUGGAGCCCCUUCCCGAGCUCACGUCCUGCCCCGCCCACUCCGAGGAAAAGGAGGAAGACCAGAGGUACCACCUCACUGCACAGGUGGCACCGGCGGGCCCGGUCGACAAAGCUAAAGACGAUUACACAGAGAUGACGUUCGGCGUGCCCGCUUCCCCUCCUCAGCCUGUCUCGCAGCCCUCAGAAGGUGGGCAGACCAUCAGCCCGUCCUCCUGCAUGCAGAGGCUGACCGUGGAAGAGGAUGUGGGAGUGCCUGCCGUUGAGGCUUUCCUACUGCGUGGCACCACUCUGGCCUUGGUGGACCCUGACCGGGGGGCCAAGGUGAUUCGUGCCGACCCCCAGGGACGCAGGCGGCACAGUUCGGAGACGUUCUCCUCUACCACCACCGUAACACCAGUUUUUCCCUCAUUCGCGCACGAUGCCAGGCGGCACGGUUCGGCCUCUGUGGAGAACGUGUCCGUUUCUGUGAAGAACAGCGAAGGAUCGGAUGAAGAGUAUAACAGUCCCAUGUGCAGGGAGACGUCGGCUGGCUUUCAGAAUGGACUUAACUACAUUGCCUUAAACUUGAUGGAUGGAGGACUCACCAGCUGUGAUUCUCUAGUCCGGUUCAAAGCUGCCAGCUGCUGUAAAGAGGGCAUCAACGGAAUACAUGCUAGUCCGUAUGCCAGCCUUGGGUUCAAGGAGACAGCAACAACAGUAAAAGACUAAACAGAGCCGGUCUCCUCGUUGCUCCAUCGAGAGGAGAAGAGGAGGCGCUCCUGUGGACAGAUGGACCUGCUGCUGCUGCUGCUGCUUCAGCUCUCUGCUGAUCCCUGACCUCCCGAAUCCAUUCGAAUGGCCGUCGUCACAGCAACACGGACACUUGACCCCCAGCGCGAGGCACGACGAUGAUUCAAAGACACAGAGGCGGGACUUCCUGUCCAUCUGUUACUCACUACAGUCCCUUCCCUCAGUUGCGUUACGGACUCUUUUUCCACCGGUUUUGUUACGAGCUCUGGACUUCGAGUGGCCAGUGUCCCUCAACCCCCUCCAAAUCCUGUGAACCCAACGAGAGGAGAGACGUCCGACCGGCAACACGCACGCGUACACAACAAGUCGCUUAUUUAUUUACCCCCGCGGCGCGCGCGUAUGCGUGCGUGCGCGGCAUUUCAGAAAUUUACUCAAUUGGAAAUCGGAAAAAGCAGUCACUUGGAAACCCUACCUCAGAACGAGCCAGGUUAUGACUUACAAAAAAAAAAAAAAAAUAUAUAUAUAUAUAUAUAUAUAUAUAUAUACAUAUAUAUAUAUUGAGAAACUAAUUUAUUUUUACAAGUGAAUGUUUUCUUAAAAAACGAAACAAAACGAAACAAAAAACACCAAUCCAAAGCCUUACUGACUGUGCUGUCAAACAGUGUUUUCUGGAGGACCUGCAUACACUCACGAGAGUAUCAAAGAUUACUGUUUGCCAUGAAUGUCUUGUACUGCAGCCGAGGAAGGUCUUGCGCUGCAAUCAAAGAUCUAUUAACGUUAUUUUGCAUUCUACACAGAUAUUUAAACGGAUUUUAAUAUAAUGCUAUUUAUCGGAGCUGGUAAAGGACCGGACGGGUGGCCGCCUGCCCGCCAUCCCGCACAUAUGCAAAGCAGGCUUCCAGAGUUAUCAGUUUUGGAACGAAGCCACACGCGAUUAACACACAACCUUUACGGUACGCUAGAUGAAUGAUGUCGUGCGCCUCGGGUCAGAGAGAGGAGCGCCUCACCUCAAGCCUAGGCACGCUAGCACACUUUAACUCACUGUCUUUAACGACCCAGAAGCCUCUGCUGACUUGCCCUCUCUCACUGCUCUGAACACACAGGCUUCCCUUCGCCUUACGCCCCGCACCCGGUCGGCUCAAGAGAGAGUGAUAGAUUCAGGGACGUCUCAGAAGGCCUGACACCAUUAAUGCUGCUCCCUACCGUCAGACAGGGAUAGACUCGUCAGAACCAAUGCUUUGUCUUGCACUUACAAACUCCUUAGAUUGUAACACAAGACACUUUUGAAUGUAGAGUAUUCGCAGGAGGCCGAUCGCUCGGCCCCGAACAUCCACCAACAGAGGCAGAGUCGCACGCAAGCAAGCGAAACAAAGUACAACACACACACACACACACACAACUUAAGUAUAUAAAAACGUUUGCCUAGAAAGCUGUACAUAGUGUAUAAAGAGAUUGCAACUGACGUUUUUAAGUUAAAAAUGAUAACUUAUGUCUUUUUGUAUAUAGAUAUAAAUAUAUAUAUAUGGUACGUGUUUGAAUGAAUUUCCCCCAAACAACUAAAGCACUAAUGAAGGUACUUGCCAAAGGCUGAACUUUGGCCUGGCUCUUUUCUUUUCUAAUUUAUCAGUACAUUUGUAAAAGUAUGUACACUGUAUAAUAAAUGCCACUCGGAGGAUAUUUGAUAAUGCUAUGAUAUUAAAAAGAAAUAAAAUUCAGUGAAUAAUACUUGAUAUUACAAAAAAUAGGUACAAAUUCACAAACGGCAUAUGCAAUAUUUACAUUUUUUUAAAGAUUAGUUUACAGAAAGGAACCAAAUGUAUAAAUACUGUGUUAAUAUAUUUAAAACCUUAAGAACGUUUUUGCUGUACACCUUUUUUCUGCCAACUUUUAAAUGGAAAAGUGUUUUUUUGUCUCAUCGUUCUUUUUUGCUGUUGAAUCCUGACAGUAAUUUCGGCAGUGUUCUUACGCGAACGCUGUUUCUCAGUAUGAAAAGCUUGAAUAUUUCAAUGCCUGAGCAAGUUUUUUUUUUUUUUUUUUCUUCUUCCUGUGUCUUCCAUUGUACAUACUUCAUAUUCUUUGCAUUGUGAUGCUACUUAGAAAUGAUAAUUUAAACUUAGUGUAAUUAGCGUUGCUUUAGAACUGUAUUGAUUCUGAAUAGCCACAUGCAAUAAAAAAUUAACAUUAUUUAAGAAA